AUAUAAUUAAAUUAAUUGUUGAAAGAUGGGUCAGAUAUCUAAUAGAGUUUUUGCGGACACUACCGAGGACAGUAGUACAUCCUCGGGACAUCGCGGACAUCGACGAACAUUUGAAAUCAAAUCUCCCGCUGCCUCUGCUGGUAGCUACGACUUUGUUAGUGCUAGACCUCCAGGAAAGAAGACUAAUAUUUUAGAAUCAGUGGGUCAUCUGGUGAAGAGUUGUCUCGGCGGAGGCGUGGUGGCCAUACACGAGUCAUACAAAGCUUGCGGACUUUGGACAUCAAUGGGUCUCACCAUUUUUAUAGGAUUUCUAAUCAGUUAUUGUAUGUAUAUGAUAGCGAAGUCGGCUCAAAGGCUGUACGGUCGGUUGCACAUCGCAACGAUGUCUUACCCAGAUGUAGCUGAAGCAGCGAUCGCUAUCUGUCCCUUUCCCAAAAUACGGAAAUAUAGCAAAUGCUUGAGGUACGCUGUGGAUUUCACAAUCUGCGUGGAUCUGUUCGGAUCUUGUUGCGUCUACCAAGUUGUUAUCUGUAGAACUAUAAAGCAGCUGGUCGAGGGCACGGAUACAGUAACCCUCGAAGGAAAUCCACCCUUAAGAAUGUAUAUAUUAAUGCUGCUUGUACCCUGCAUAUUGAUCUGUAUGAUUACAACACUGAAAUACCUGGCACCGUUCUCCAUCCUUGCUGAUAUAUUUCUACUUAUCUUGGCUAUAGCUACCAUUUAUUACGGUUGUACUUUUUCCAAAGUGAGUAUGUUUGAAAUGCCGGCGUUUAAAAAUAUGCCCGGUCUGUUCGAGUUUCUGGGGGUAUGUGUUUUUAGUAUGGAAGGCGUGGGGGCGACUAUGGCAAUUGAGAAUAACAUGAAGGAGCCUCAAAAGAUUGGAAGAGUACUAGCUUUAGGUAUGAGCGUUGUGGUUGGCAUUGUCUUCGUAAUAGGAACUUUUGGCUAUUGGGGCUUCGGUGAAGAUUCCAAGUCUCCUGUUACACUGAAUUUUCCAUUUACAGCGUUCUCGAUUGCUCUCAAAGUAUUUAUGGCUGUUAUCAUCUACGUGACAUUUGCACUAAACUUUUGGGUGCCUUUUGAUUUGGUCUGGUACUACAUAAAGAAGAGAUACCCCCCCACAAAAUAUUGGUUUUGGGAGAGAGUUUACAGAGGAUCGUUUGUUAUAGUUAUCACAUUAAUUGCCUUCAUCUUUCCCAACGUAUCUUCUUUUAUUGGACUGCUUGGUUCAUUUUGCUUGUCAAAUAUGGGCUUUAUUUACCCGGCAUGUAUCGAAUUAUGCGUAGAAUGGGAUUCCCCAGGCUUGGGUUUCAUGAAAUGGAGAUUAAUUAAAUGGAUAUUAAUAUGUAUCUUUGGUGUUUUUCUUGGCAUCUUUGGUACAUAUACCAAUGCUAAAGAAUUAAUACGUCAAACAUUUUAAUAUGUAGACCGGCGUUUCUCAAACUGUGUAUGCUCCGCGGAGGCCUAGUGUUACGCAAACCUUUUCUGGGAGUUUACAAAGAUAUAAUUAUAAAAAUUCUAAAGGGCAAGGGAUACGUGUAUAGUUCCAUCGAAAGAUCCGUAAAAAAUUUAAAUUCCUUAGUUACAAAAGUUUGGACGCGCGAACAAAACACGCGAGAAAAUAAUUUCAAAUCCUAGGGCCUAGAAAAAUACAUAGAGCCUAGGGUUGAGUCAAAAAGUCUGUUUCCCAAGGGCUCCGUAGUGAAACAGGUUUGGGAACCGCUAAUCUAGUUUAUUGUUAUGGUCGAUGUAUUAUUUAUAUAUUAAAAUCUAAAUAUGAAUUGUACAUUUUAUACUCUAUACCAAUACAAAAUUUUGGGACCGUCAGUUUCAAAAUUGAUGUCCAAAUAAACUAAUGUUAGAGAGAUGCCACACAUGCGUUUGCGUUGUCAUAGCUUCGAUGGUUAUGUUGUUAUUUUAUACAAAUAAGAAAGACAGGGCACGUUAACAUGUGAGUUAAGGUGUUAUACACCAGAGAACUCGACAAUAGGACGGAAUUUAAACGGCAAAUACUUGUACCAAACAUAUUCUGAUUCAUGAGUGUUGAUUCGUACGCUGCGAUGAAGCAACGCUCGUGUGGUAUCUCAAUUUAGCGCACGAUUCCGAAAACUUAAAAUUUAAAAUAUUUCUGACCUCCAUUUUUAUAUUGGUUGUCGUUGGUUUGUAAUAUUUAAUUUUACAAAUAUGACCGUUAUAUUACGUACUUUAAAAUAAAUGUUUGAUUAAAGUA